AUGCAACUUCAAUACGUUUUGACUCUGCUUUGGAUUAUCUUUGCUCAAAAUGUGUUCUCACGCCCAACAAUCUCGAAAGUUGCUCCUGAGAACAUUGAGUUCUUUGGUCGCGUAACUUCGUAUCAGAAGCCGGUCAAGGUUCCGGAUCCGAUUUCAAUGUACCAGCAGUUUGCUGGCUUGGCACAACAAUCCAACUGCUUUAAGACGAAGAUAAACGCAACAAUCGGCGAUGCACAACUUCUCUUCAGCUGGGGUGAUGAUGACAAGAAUCAGCGUAUGCAAAUCUUUCGCUCAAAGUCUCUGGGCAUUGUGACAUCUUGGUCCGGUAUGAAUGUGACAAGUCUUACAUCUCUGCUGAGCGCUGCAGAUCUUUUCUUAGUUGACGUGGACAGAAAAUACUUUCCACGUGUCAAGAAAGGCAGUAAGCUGUACGAUGGCUUUCAAAAUGCUUUCAAGCGUGCAGCACCUGUACUUGUGAAGAAAAUCCAAUACUUUCAAGAAUUAUACGACGAAGACCGAGUGAGUUUGACUGGACUUUCAUUUGGAGCUGCUUUAGCCGACAUUGCCCUUCCUUACGUGAAAGAAAACUUGAAGCGUGGUCACAUCCACCGUGUUGUUGUGUUUGGUCACCCACGCAUCGGGAAUCAAGAAUGGGCCGACUCGUUAGAUACAUAUGCCGAAGGGAAGUUUUUCUACGUCGUUAAUGGAAACGAUAUUGUGCCGCAUCUCCCGCCUCGCGAGUUCGGAUACCAACAACCUUCAGGUCAAAUUUGGAUUAACCCAUCUAAUUCAAGUAAUUGGAAGCUUUACCCUGGUCAAGAAAAUGUGCAUGGUGCUAAUUCUAUAUUUGGUUUUAGUAUUAAGGACCAUACCGGUGUAUAUUUCCGAACUGAAAUUGGUUCUUUUUGGGGUCACUGCCCGGCUACAAUUGGCCAAGAUUAG